AUGGCGCCCGUAGCGGUUGAGGUCAUGCGUGACCCCGCAACACUAUUGGGCCCGCCCGCCUACAAGACGGAUGGCGAUGACCUCGAUCUCUUUGCACUCUCCAGCGGACUUCCCGCCCUCGUGGACACCAAAGCGCUCGACACGGCAUCCAAGAUACUUCACAUAAUCGACCGGUAUCGCAUGAAAAAGACGGCUGGUGCGCCGGUCAAGGCCGACGAGGGAGCGCUCCGGUUCCUCGCCGUCAUUUACGGCCAUGUGCGAGCCGGACGGGCCGUCCCCAUGUGCCUGCCGGCGUUCCCUUUCAAAUCGCCCAACUCGUCGACCAAGGUUCUCGGAAAGCUGCCGGACAGAGCGGAGGAAUUGGCCCUGGCCCAUCUCAACGGCCUUUGCCUGGCCAUUUCCGACGUGUACGCGCCCGGCGCAAAACUCACCAUCAUCUCCGAUGGUCUGGUAUAUAACGAUCUUCUCGGCGUUCCCGACAAGGAUGUCUGGAACUAUGGCGAGACUCUUCGAGCGUUGGCGGCCGAGAGGGGCUUCGCCUGCAUCGAGUUCUCCCGGCUCAGGGAUCUCGUGUCCAUUCCGCUCCCGGAGCAGCUCGAUGAAAUGACAUACGUCGCCAACGCAUCCAACUUCCGCCGCGCCCUUCUCAACACCUUCAGCCGGCCCGAUUGGGAGUGGAAGGUGAUGAGCCAAGUGGAGGAUGUCUGCCUGACGUACCGCGGUUACAUCAAGUUCCUCGAGACCGAUCUCCAAGACGUGUACCCGAUCAAUGACGAGCGCACCAAGUCGAGGUAUAAGCGUGGCAUCGAGUACAUCGCCAAGGAGAUGAUGGCGCGAGGCGACGCUUUCGCCAGUGCGGUCCGCCAAAAGUACAAGGAUCACGUCCGUCUCUCGAUCCACCCUUCGACUGGCGCCCAGAAGCUAUCCAUCAGUCCCCUUCCGACCGAGACCAUGUACACGACACCGUGGCACUGCACCAUCGGCUACAAGCUCGACGGCAACGUCAUCUCCGGCAUGCGAGCCGAUUUCGACAACGACGAGAGCAUGGAGCUCGUGCACGAGAAUGGUAGGCCGAGCUUCUUCCGCGAAAAGUCGCCACUCUGGUCGUGGGGAGAGGACAAGGGUGGCAUCAGCUGCGAGCCCAUCUACCCGAACGGGUGGAUUUUGAAACCGGCCAAAGGCGCCAACACGAUGAAGAUUGACGACAUUGAUGCGACGAAGGUUCGGGCGCUGUCGGAGAUCGCAUCUCCAAUCAUCUUGAGAGGCUUCUUCAACAAGCCGAACGAAGCCGCAUUUACGAAAAAGUCGAGCGAGUUUGGCGAGCCUCUGCCGUGGAAGUUUGGGCUGCUGCUCAAGGUCAAAGACCAUGGAGGCGACACGCAGGGGUUGAACAACGUGCUUUCGCGAGAGUGGAUGCCCUUCCACUUCGACGGACUGUUCAAGACGGAGAAGAAGACGAACGAGAGAGGCGACGAUGUUCUCGUCUCCACCCCUCCGCGAUUCCAAUUUUUCUGCGGCGCAACGGCAUCUCCCCGAGACACAGGGUUUACGCUCUUCUCGUCGUCGACGCAAAUCUUCAAGCAUCUGGCGGCCGAGUACUCGGUCGAAAGCCUGGGUAGGAUGACUUGGUCGGUUGAGACGUCGUCCUUCGACUCGACAGUGCUCAAGGACAUCCCAUUAAUCGAGGCGCAUCCGACGACAGGCAAACCGUGUCUGCGUUAUCACGAGCCAUGGCCGCAGAGCAAGACGCAGUUUGAUGCGACCCAUGUCAGGAUCGACGGCUGCGACGAUAUGGAGAGCGCUGCCAUCUGCGAGGCCAUUGACUCUGCGCUGCACGACCGCCGCGUCGCAUACUACCAUGUCUGGGAGAAGGGCGAUCUCGCCGUCAGCGACAAUAUUCUGAUGAUGCACACCCGCAGCGACUUCAAUUCUGGCAGUGACCGCGAGCUGUGGCGAAUCCACUUUGAUUAG